CCCUAGGCUCCUCAGCCCUACUAUAUAAACCCCAGCUCCACGGCGCUUUAGCUUUUCCCUGUCUCGUGCCUUUUUGUUUCGUUGCUUUUUGGCUUGAGUUUGAAGCAGUGCUGCUGUGAAAGCUUCGCUCCAAAGCUUCCGAUUUUCUGAUGCCGAGCAUGAACUCCGAUCCAGCCGAUCGGGACUCGGAGCCAUUCGUGGAGGUUGAUCCGACCGGCCGAUACGGCCGGUACGGUGAGCUACUCGGUUGCGGCGCAGUGAAGAAAGUAUACAGAGCGUUUGAUCAAGAGGAAGGUAUAGAGGUGGCUUGGAACCAGGUCAAAUUGCGAAAUUUCUGCGAUGAUCAAGCAACAAUCGAUCGGCUAUACUCGGAGGUUCGGUUGCUGAGAACUCUGAAGAACAAGAACAUCAUUGCUCUGUACAAUGUGUGGAGAGACGAAGAGCGUAACACUCUCAACUUCAUUACCGAAGUGUGUACUUCUGGUAAUCUGAGAGAGUACCGAAAGAAGCACAAACAUGUCUCGAUGAAGGCUUUGAAGAAAUGGUCCAAACAGAUUCUCAAGGGUUUGAACUAUUUGCAUACUCAUGAUCCGUGUAUCAUUCACAGAGAUCUCAAUUGCAGCAACGUGUUCAUCAAUGGCAACAUCGGUCAGGUGAAAAUCGGUGAUUUGGGAUUGGCUGCAAUAGUUGGGAAGAGCCACUCUGCACAUUCGAUACUCGGGACACCAGAAUUCAUGGCACCAGAGCUAUACGAUGAGGAUUACACCGAACUGAUUGAUAUCUAUUCAUUUGGGAUGUGCGUGCUCGAGAUGGUGACUCUUGAAUUACCUUACAGCGAGUGCGAUAGCGUUGCCAAGAUAUACAAGAAAGUAACUUCUGGUGUGAGGCCUCGAGCAAUGGACAAAGUUAGGGACCCUGAGGUGAAGGCAUUCAUCGAGAAGUGUCUUGCUCAGCCGAGGGCUAGGCCUUCCGCGGCUGAUCUCCUUAAAGACCCAUUCUUCGAUGGGAUCUACCUUGAUGAUGACGAAAAUGACAAUGAUAUAGCAUGCUAACAGUAGAUGAGUUUGAUUUUGUUUUUGAUUUUCCCAACUUGCUUUCUUUUGAAUUGUUGAUGAUUUUGGAGGGUUGCAGGGGGGGUUGUGGCCGGGUGUGGAUUUUUUAGAUGCUUGGUUUCAAUUUUGUUUUUUUGCUUUUCAAGGUUUUGGAUUUGGAUUAAAAGUUGUUGAUAAUGAUAAGCAUGGAAUUGAGGAAAAUCUGGGGGAGUGAAAAUGCAAGGGGGGGUCUUUGUUUGAUGUAAAUAGACAAUUUGGUCACACAAAUAUUAAAAAUUUGUUAAGAAGA